GAGAGAGAGAGAGAGAUGGAGUCACCGUUUAAGGCGGACGCGUUGAGAGGGAAGGUGGCGUUGAUAACGGGAGGCGGGUCGGGUAUAGGGUUCGAGAUAUCGACCCAGUUUGGGAAACAUGGAGGGAGUGUGGCUAUUAUGGGGAGGAGGAAGCAAGUGUUGGACUCUGCUGUGGCUGCUCUUCAUUCUCUUGGAAUUCCGGCUAUUGGGAUCGAGGGGGAUGUGCGUAAACAGGAAGAUGCAAAAAGAGUGGUGGAAUUGACUUUCCAGCAUUUUGGCAGGCUUGACAUACUUGUGAAUUCUGCAGCUGGCAAUUUUCUUGCAUCAGCAGAAGAUCUAACACCUAAUGGAUUUCGAACAGUUUUGGAUAUUGAUUCUGUUGGCACGUUCACAAUGUGCUAUGAAGCACUCAAGUAUCUAAAAAAAGGAGGACCAGGAAGGAGCUCAUCUGGUGGUGGAACAAUAUUGAACAUCAGUGCUACUUUACAUUAUUCCGCUGCUUGGUAUCAAGUUCACGUAUCAGCAGCCAAGGCAGCUGUUGAUGCUACUAUGCGAAACUUGGCAUUGGAGUGGGGAACUGACUACGACAUCAGAGUCAAUGGCAUUGCUCCUGGCCCUAUUGGUGAUACCCCUGGCAUGAGUAAACUCGCACCUAAGGAGAUAGGUAGCAAAGCUAGGGAGUACAUGCCUUUGUAUAAACUAGGAGACAAAUGGGAUAUUGCUAUGGCUGCUCUCUACCUUUCAUCAGAUGCAGGGAAAUUCAUCAAUGGAGCUAUCAUCGUAGUUGAUGGAGGACUUUGGCUGAGCCGGCCUCGCCAUCUGCCAAAAGAUGCUGUGAAACAGCUUUCCCGUGCAGUAGAGAAGAGAUCUAGAAAUAACCCGGUAGGGGUUCCGAGCAGCAAGCUCUAAGACUGAACAAACACUCCACCAUUCUUCACGGUUCCAAGCCAAAGACGUAUUCCAACAGAGGAGAAAGGAAUCCAUAUCCUUCCAUUGUUGAAUAAUAGUUGGUUAUAUGAAUUGGGCCGCCAACAGAUUAAAUCAUUCACUACAGUCAGAUUAAUCAGCUGAGUUUUCUCCUCAUCUAUUGCUGUUGUGAACAAAAGAAAAGUGUAUAACACUGGUGUGGAAUAUUGUAAGGCCAUUAUGACAAUUUGAAAAAUAUGUUAAGUUAUUGUAAUGUAUAAUGAAUGAAAUCAGUACUGAUU